CAGGCGCGGCCAGGAGCCCGGCACCCUCCGCCCGUCCGCGGCGCGAUGUUAUGGCCGAGCCGGCGCAGAAGGGCGGCGGAGGGCGCGUCGGGCGGCAGGAGGACGGGGCGGCGGCCGCCCCCAGCUACGAAGACUACGAGUGCAAGAUCUGCUACAACUACUUCGACCUGGAGCGGCGGGCGCCCAAGCUGCUGGAGUGCCUGCACACCUUCUGCCAGGAGUGCCUGAGCCAGCUGCACCUGCGCGCCGCGCAGCAGCCCCCCGCCGCCUCCGAGCCGGGCGCGGGGCCGGGGCGGGCGGCCGUCGGCUCCCUCGCCUGCCCGCUGUGCCGCCACCGCACGGCGCUGCCCGACCACCGCGUCCACGGCCUGCCGGUCAACACCAAGCUGGCCGCCUCCUGCCCGCCGCAGCUGCGCGCCCGCGACCCGCUGCCCCAGGACCGCCUCCCGCCGCUGCCGCCUCGCCGCCCGCCCCGCGCCCGGGAGGCGGCGGCCGCCCUCGCGCCGACCCCCGCGCCCCCCGCCCGCGCCGGGCCGCGCUCCUCGGGCGGCGGCUACGAGAGCUGCCAGAGCUGCAAGCGGGCGGCGCUGAGCGCGGGCUGCGUGUGCGUCGUCGUCUCCUUCCUCUCCAUGGUGGUGCUGCUCUUCACCGGCCUCAUCUUCGUCAACCAGUACGGCGGGGACGCGGGGUCCGGCGCCUCGCCGUCGCCCGUGGGGCCCAUCUGCCUCUCGGUGGCCAGCGUGCUCGCCCUCUUCUCCGUCGUCGUCACGUGGCUCAUCUGCUGGCUCAAGUACCGGCCCGAGGCCGCCGCCGCCAACGCCCCCGCGCGGGGCCGUGCCGCGGCCCGCAGGACCGACACGUAGCGCCGGGAGGGGCGGGGGAUGCUCGGGGCCGCCGGGACCGCCGUGCUGGGGCCGCCAGCCCCGGGGGAGGGCGAUGCGGGGCGGGCCGCGGAGGAACGGGUGUCCCCCGCCGCCGUCGCUGCCGGCGGGCCCGCGGGGCUCCGCGGCGUUUGUAGCGCCGGGGAAGGGCCGGCCGCGUUGCCGGCUGCUCCGGGGACGGGAGGCGGACGGGGCCGGCCAUGCCAGGGGCGCGGCGCCGGCACGCUGCCCCGCGGUGUAGCGCUGUGCGACUGCCGCCCGCUCGGUAAGGCGGGACGGAACGAGUAUGAAAGAAAACCGGCUUACUGUUGCCCCCACCUGGAAGAUAAUUGGAGAUCUGCGCUGGCGUUAGGAGCAGAGCGGCAUCGCGAGGCUAAAUGCGUUUUCUAUUGUUAUGAAGUUGACAAGUGCACAUAGAAGCUGUAACAGAAGCGUAUUAUCUUAAAGAGACUGAGCCAAAGUAUCCCUCCUUGUACCGAGUACGGCUUUGUUACAUUCCUAUUAGAAGGCCGUCGAGUCCUCUAUUGGUUGCUUAAAAUAAGCUUUAUUAUUUAAUUCUUUUAAAUUCUCAUUUAAUGUGGGAGACUGAACCGCUGCAUUGCACUCUUAAUUUAUGGAUGAUGAUUUGAUUAAUGGAGCUCUGAAAGACUCCUGUGAUAGAGAACAGUACUCUGCUGGCCAUUGAUCUCAGUUUUUAUACAGCGGGAGAAACCCGCAUUAAGAUACAGACUUUCAGCAUUGCUGUAGAGGUGGAACGCGGCAGCUCACCGUGCGAUCUGAUCACUUACCUGUGGUCGAGGCACUGCGGUGAGGCAGGGGCUUUCCCCUCGUGAUGACUUUCUCUUCUGCGUUAGGAGUUUCCAUGGAGGCCAGUAGGAGACAUUCAGAGAUGUGUCAGAGAUGUGACGAGACUCCCGUAACGUGGUGUGAAACGUAGUGCCGUAUGGCUGGUCUUGUAGUAUAUCAAGGAGAGCACUCAUAUAGAUACUAUUCUGUGUUGCGGGAUGAUUCAUUUGGUGCCUGAAUUUUUUUAACUUAAUUAGUUGUUAUAACCUACGACAUCGGGAAUAAGAUAGUGCUUCUUAUUCCGUGUUUCUACACAGUACUGUAUUGGAAUGAGGUAGUUAUUUUCGUGCUAAAUUCAAGAAUUUUAACAGUGAUCUUUGAUUAUGUGUGUUGCAAGCUGUGUGCAUGACUUCUGACACGUAUCCUCAUAGACCUUUAUCGGCCACUUCUAUUUAUCACAAGCGCAAAGGAAUUUACUCUGUAGAAAUGUAAAGGCAGCAAGUGGAGCUGUGUGCUGUGUUUUAUGACUGCACAAGUGACGUGUGCUGUGCAUUGUCUUCGUCAUCACAAAGCUGUGAAAAAACACCCCCUCAAAAAGAAAAAGAAAAAAAAAAAGGUAUUUAUACGACAGACGUAGUUUGUGGAAAUAGCCUAUGACUUUUGUGUCACUUAAGUUGAUUUACCAGAUCCACACCAGCCUUUUAAAGUCGUAUUUAAUAAUAGAGAGGCCCUGAGGAGGUAAAUCCCUGCGCUGAGUUCUGGCUCUGCUGUGGGCUGUGUGUUUAGAACAGUGAUGAGACACGGAGCAGUUUGUUGGCUGUACAGAGCUGAGCCUCCAGCAGCAGGCCUGACUCCCAGUCCCUGACUGCAGCAGUAGUUAUGGAUGUUCUGCACCAAAGAAAACCACGAGACUUUUAUUUAAGCAUCUAAAUGACAAUUUAGAUGGUCGACUUCAGGUACAAAUGUUUGAAAAUGUUGGCCUUAACCUCUCUGUUUUCAGUUACUGCAUCUGUAAAGUUUGAUAACAGGGUGACCUACCUCACAGGCAAGAUGUGAGGCUUUAUUUAUUGACAUUUUUAAGCAAUUGGAGAUCCUUGAAGAGGAGGUGCUAUAGAGGUGAAAGUAUUAUUAUAAAUGAUACUGUAGUAGGAAUAAAUAUAUGUAAAUUAAUGGACAUAAACAGCCGCAAUGUUUUCUAAGAAAAAUAAACAUAUAAAAUACGUA